CAGAUCUUGUUGCUUAGCUCUAAUCAUCUGCCAUUUCUAAGCUCUGAGCUUGGUAAGAUCAGCGACGCAGGCCAUCAUUGUAUCAUGGCUCAAGGAUCAGGAUCCUCCUCUGUCACUUAGGGACUUAUGACGUAUUUCUUGGUUUUCGCGGUGAAGAUACUCGCCUCACUUUCGUAGGCCAUCUCUAUGAGUCUCUGCGUCAAAGAGAAUUAGUACCUUCUUUGAUAACAAAGCCCUCCAUGCAGGUGAAGAAAUCCGACCAUUUCUGCUGAAAGCCAUCAAAGGAUCGAGGAUAGCCAUCAUAUUUCUCUCCAAAAAAUACGCGUCGUCAACAUUCUGUCUGGAUGACCUUGCAGAGAUUGUUGAGUGCUUCAAAGAAGGAGGUCGGUUGGUAUAUCCGGUGUUUUAUCAUGUGGAUCCAUCUGUGGUGAGACAUCAGAAAGGGACUUAUGGAAAAGAUUUGGCUCGUUUGAAGGAAAGAUUGGGAGACAGUAUUGAUGACAAGUUGCAGAAAUGGAAGGAGGCUUUGUCUCAAGUAGCUGACUUGACUGGCUGGCAUCUCCAACCCCGGGUUGCAAAAGAUCAAGCGUAUAUUGAAAUGGUUACUUGUGAAGUAUCUAACAAGAUUAAUCGCACUCAUUUGGAUGUUACCAACUAUCCAGUUGGACUUGUGUCUCGAAUAGAAGAAGUAAUCUCACUUUUAGAUCUUUGGUCCAAUGAAGUCAACAUGAUUGGAAUCUGUGGCACUGGUGGGAUUGGUAAAUCAACACUUGCAAGAGCUGUGUAUAACUCAAUUGCUGAUCAUUUUGAUGGUUUAUGUUUUCUUUCUAAUAUUAGAGAAAAUUCUAACAAGCAUGACUUGUCCAAUCUCCAAGAGACAAUACUUUAUGAAUUGGUGAAGGAGAAGGAACUCAAGUUGGGUGAUUUCCAUAAAGGAAUUUCAAUAAUGGAACAUAGGCUUCAACAAAAGAAGAUUCUUUUAAUCCUUGAUGAUGUUGAUAAAUUGAAGCAGUUAAAAGCACUUGCUGGAAGAUGUGACUGGUUUGGCUCUGGAAGUAGAAUCAUCAUUACAACAAGGGACAAACAGCUCCUAGCAAGUCAUGGGGUUCAUAAAAUUUAUGCUGUCAAGAAAUUAAGUUAUAAGGAGUCUCUUCAGUUGAUUAAAUGGAAUGCUUUCAAAAAGGUCAUUAUGAAUUCAGAUUACAUAGAUGUUUUAAAUCGUGCAAUUAAUUAUUCAUGUGGCCUUCCAUUGGCCUUGGAAGUGAUUGGCUCUAACUUAUGUGAUAAAAUAGUUGAUAAAUGGAGUUCUGCACUAGAUGAGUAUGAAAGAAUACCUGCUACAGAAGUUUUUGAAGUCCUUAAAUUAAGUUAUGAUGCUUUGGAAGAAACACAUCAAGAAUUUUUUCUUGACAUGGCUUGUUUCUUUAAUGGAGAGAAAUUAGAAGAUGUCAAAAAUGUGUUGAAGAUUAUACGUGGUGUCGAACCAACUUAUGCUAUUGAAGUGUUGACUGAUAGAUCUCUAAUAAAGAUUAAAAAAGAUCGUGUGACAAUGCACGACUUGAUAGAAGAUAUGGGUAAAGAAAUUGUUCGGCGACAAUCACCAAGAGAACCUGGUAAUCGCAGCAGGUUAUGGUCUUAUGAGGACAUUAUUCACGUGUUGCAAAAUGACACAGGAUCCAAAGAAAUUGAAGUCAUGAUUCUUGAUUUGCCUAAAGGUGAAGAAAUUCAAUGGAGUGGAGAGGAAUUCAGAAGGAUGAAGAACCUCAAAUUUCUUGCCAUAAAAUGUGCAAGUUUUUCUGAAGUCCCCAAAUAUCUCCCAAAUAGUUUAUGUUUGCUAGAAUGGAAGGGGUAUCCUUUAGAGCUCUUGCCUUCUAAUUUUUGUCCAACUCAACUUGUCCAAUUAGACUUGUCCAAUAGUUGUUUUGCAAACCUCCAACCAUUUAUUAAGAAAUUUGAGAGUUUAAGUCACAUGAAUUUUAGCAAGUGCAAAUUCCUAAGUCAGAUACCAAACUUGACAGGAGCUUCUAAUUUAAAAGAAUUGCGGCUUGAUGGUUGUACAAGUUUAAUUGAAAUUGAUGAUUCAGUUGGAUCCUUGGAUAAUCUUAAAGAAUUGAGUGCCAUGCGAUGCAAAAAUUUGAAAAAAUUUCCUGCUACUAUUAAGUUGAGAUCCUUGGAACAUUUAAGUCUCUAUGGUUGUUCAAGUCUUCAAAGUUUUCCAGAUAUAUCAGAAAAGAUGGAGAAGUUAAGAACACUUGAUUUGGAGGGAACAUCCAUCCCAAGAUUGCCAUUUUCAAUUCACAAUCUCAUUGGGCUUGAAAGCUUAAACAUGGAUGCAUGCCCUAAUCUUGUGCAAUUACCGGCUAGUAUUUGUAUGUUGCCAAACCUUUCAGAAGUAACAGCAAAUUUUUGUGAAGGGAUGAGGCAUUUUGAGAUGUGCAGAGGUGGAAAAGAAGGAAGCUUAGAAAGCUCAUCAAUAUCUUUGAAAUUGAAGCAAUUCUGUUUCUCAAAAUGCGAUUUGUCAGAUGAUUCUCUUUCUCUUUGUCUAUCUUACAUCCCUGGCAUUGUAUGUUUAGAUCUAAGGUUUAAUAAUUUUACAACCCUACCAGCAUGCAUCAAAGAAUGUAGGCAUUUAAAAAAUCUUUUGCUGGAUUAUUGUAUGCAACUUCAACAUAUUGAGAGGAUGCCACCAAACUUGGAACAAUUCAGUGCCAUAGGUUGUACUUCAUUCUCCAAGUUAUCCAAGAGCAGAGUAUUGAAUCAGGCAUUCUAUUUUGAACCAGGGAAAAGAAACUUUAUUUUUCCAGGAAAGAGAAUCCCCGAGUGGCUUGACUAUUAUAGUCGAGGAGGCUCCAUGUCCUUUUGGAUUCGUAAUGAAUUCCCAACAAUUUUUAUUUGGUUUCUUGUUGAAAAUGACCAAGAUUCUCCAUACAAGUGUAUGUUCUCAGUGCACAUUAAUGACAUCAAGCUAGAAAUUAAUUCUUCGGAGUGGCUUUUACUGUCAUCAAUAAAGGCUAAUCAUAUAUACAUAUUUGAGCUACAAAGCAUACUUCAAAAGGCUGAACUCCCUCGUGUAAAUAAAUGGAAUCAAGUUAAGGUUUCCAUCAAGAGCAGUGCACAAGAAAUGAAAGAGGAAAAGGAAACUCAUAUUGCAGUUCAUGUAUAUCGGCAACAAAGCAACUUAGAUGAUAUCCGAUUCAGGGAUCCCAAAACAUUCCUUGACAACAAUUCAUGGCAAAAGCUACGACCCCCAACCAAAGAUUGGGAAGGACUUGAAGCUGUCAUGCAUUACAAAGAUAUCAGGGUUGUUGAAUUUGCAAAACAAAAGGAAGUCCUGGGAUCGAAGGAAGGCUUUGGCGAUGAUAGUGGAGUUGGAGUUUAUCAGGAAGUACCCACCAAAUUUCCAACUACAUCUGUGGUGUCUGAUGAGUCCAUCAUACGUAGUAGGAAUAGUGAUAAAGAAAAAAUGUUUGAACUUUUUGCUGGAUUAGUUAGAGUGAUUAUUGUUAAUCACUUAAUUGCUGAAUCAUCCUGAAAUCUAUAUAAAGGACAUCACUUUUCAUUAGAGGUUAAGGGAGUUGUAUCCUACCUCUAGAGAGUAACAGUGAUGAGCUGGCACCAGUUCUGAGGAGGAGCCAUCGUGUGGCAAGAACUUGGAAGGUGAAAGAAAAUGUUGGUUAAAAAGUUACAGAGCAGAGUACAGAGGAGGUUGAGCAAUUUCUGAGGAAUCUUUAUGGUCAUGGCAGCUUCUCCCUGAAUAUUCUAUACUUUUCCCUUCUGAUAUUUUUCUUCUAUAGUGUGAUGGUUAUAUUCCUAAUACUGUUGUUACUGACUUUCCAUUUUUUCUUGAAUUGUCUCUGUAAAUUUCUAGGCACAAUAAUUGUAAUUUUUGUUGAUUUUCUUCUAUGCCAUUGCACUGGCUUUGCAUAAAUGUGUGAAGUGAUAAAUUAAUUGGCCUUGAAGUAUUGAUGGUUGCAGCCUUAUAGGUACAA